CACCAGUAUCACGUGCUGCCCUCGGAUAUUGUGUGUUUUCCGACCAUGCCUCCCACCAGUGUCCUCAUUACCCGGCCUCAAGCCGUCUGUUUUGUUUUCGGGCCCUCCCGGAUGUCUGGGUUAUUGUCCCGUUUUGCAAAGCUCCCAAAGCAAAGGCACACAAGACACAGGACAAAGGGACACGGGACAAGCACAUCAACACCCGUUGGCGAACUACGUGGAACACAACAAUGCCAGGGGAAGAAGUCCAUAGACACACAUCGACGAGAUGGACCAAGGCGUCGAAUGCGAACUACGACGGCGAUGAUUGGUGAGUAUGCCACUGCGUUGGUGAUUGUGUGUAUUGAGUACCCGUAUGCUAAUGAUGGAACAACUAGGAGUGAUGAUGAGUUUGACGAGCAACGAGAAGAGGAGCAGGAGCAGGAGCAGGAUCAAGAGCGAGAGCAGGUGGCAACGUACAACGAGGAAGUCACCAAGACACCGGAGAUGACUCUGAAGGCGAAGUUCGACGCGAUGGAACUGGAUCAACAAAAACCACGCGACAGUGUUGAUGAGAAGAAGAGUGAGGGUGAUUACGACGACGACUACCAGCCUGUGGCUGCUUCGCACUACCAACCUGCGCUUGGUGUUGAAGAGGAUACCCAGGAGGGCUACAUCUUGGAGGAGGAUUCGUUCCAUUCCGACGAUUUGGAGGAUAAAGGCGCAGAAGACGCUCAACAUGUGCCAGCACAUACCGAUGAGGACUUUUACUACGACCCCAACGUUGCAACCAGCGCCUUUGAGCCUUUCCCAAGCGAGAUGCCUGAGACUGAAGAGGAGUUCAUGGCGAUGAUGGAGGCUCAAAAACAGGCACAUGAGGAAUCGACGGUGGAGGGAGCGACCUCCCAUGACGCUGAAACUAUCAAGAGUGGUGGGAGUCUGCCUAGUCACAAUGCUGGGCCUGUGAGCGAACAGAAGGAAGAGGAAGAGACUAAUGAUGGAAACGAUGAUGAUGUUAAUAACAAUAAUGACGAUGAAGACGCCUAUAACGAUGGUGAUGACGAAUACGAUGACUAUGUGCCAAAGCAGAGUCAUUUCCGUUCAGAAUUUAUCAAAUCACCUGAAAAGGAGAGCUUUGAGGUUACACGUCCUCUCGAGUCCGACACCAACGAGGUGGAAGAUCAACCUCAAGAAGCUGAAGCUGACAAUGCUCGUACCACCGAUAUACCGAUUAUCGUGGAACCAGUUCAUGAGCCAGUAGCAGAAUCAUCAGCAGAAACAAGUGCUGAGCACUACGAUGUCUCAGAUACAGACACACUACACAUCAAUGACUCAAACGUCCAAAGUAAGGGCUCCUCCAUAAGAGAGAUCACCAGAGAUCAGGCAGAGGCUGAAGGUGGCUUCACCUCUGCAACCAUUCCAAAUUCUGACAGUAUACCGGCAAACUUGGAAGAACAUGCCUACUUGAGCGAUUUGAUCAACUCGCCAAUUCCAAUGGAUGAAGAUGCCGAACAGAGUAAUGUAGAGCAUUACUAUGUUGAUGAUUCCCUAGACGUUCCAAAGGAGAACAGGGAUUCGCAGUUCUAUUCCUCCGUGAGUGAUUACUUUGAUGAGUACGCAGAUGAGGAUCAAAGCCGUGAUCACUUGGAACUGGCUAAAUCGAGAUCCAGGUCUUCAGGCUCGUUAUCUACUGGAAGCUACUCCCUGAGUGAGCAUAGGUCUUCAAAGCUGAGUGAUCGUACCCCGAGUUUGACCAACAGAAGCUUUCAGAUAUCCGAAGUCCAAUCAGUAGCAGGGUCUACAAGAGAUCUUGACAUGGAACAGCAGCAGAAACAACAACCACAGCUGUCCCAUUCACAGUCCCAGUCCCAGUCGCAGCAGCCUGAAGCCGAUGGUCAGUUAAACUCUGCGUUGUCGAUAAACAUGGGACACUGGAGACCAAAUACUGAGAGCUAUAGAGACCAAUUCAUCAAUGACAGUGCGGUGAUCCCACCUCUACCAAAACUGGAUACUUAUACGAGAAAUUCAAUGGGCGAAAUUGUCGAAGAUACAAGCUCUAUUGCCCCUGUUGUCACCAAUGAUUCAAACCAUCUCUCUGUAUCCGGUUCUCAAGGUAGAAACAUGUCUAUGCUGUCUGAGAUGGAAUCGUCUUUUGAGGUGCAACCCCCAUCUCAGAGCUUGAAAGAAGGGGUCUAUACGACUCCAUCAGAUACUGUGUUACCGAUUCAUAUCCCAAUUGAUACGCUGUCAUCGUCAAAUACAGACUUCUUCAAAGAGCAUCUGUCCACUUCAAGUCUAACAACGGAAGAUCAUGAGGAAGAGCCUCCUCAGCAACCAGCUGUCCAACAACGCGAGCUUGGUAAGACCAAGCCUGUGAGUUAUAAUGUCAAAACUAUUGCGUCUUUAACAGACCCAAAACAGAGGAUCAAACAGUAUCAAAGGGCACGUGAAGAAGAGGCAAACAUUGAUACUGGGCUGGAGAUCUGGAUAUCGCACGCACUGGAUAAAGUGGAAGUUGUUAGCUACAAGAGUAGCAAUACAUCUCACGUUAAGAAGGCGUAUGCAGAGGCGUCGAACUUCAGCAGAAGACAUACCAAUAUGGGCUCAUUGCUACACAAGAGACGUGUCAUUCAGGAGACCUCCCAAACUGCUCACAGUUUUGCCAAAGGUGCCAAGGGGAUCUUCUCCCGUGGCAGAAAGAUGAUCAAGAAUGAAAUAACAAAGGCUACGUAAUAAUUAGUGCAAAUAGGCAUUCAACCAUAGAUAUACAUGUGUGUGUAGCAUUCACUUGUUUGCAAGUUUCGAUAGUCGAAGUUCGCCAUGUCUUCUCACUUCCUUAUCCAUCAUAUCCCUAAUCCUAUGUCCUCCAGCAACUGCGAUGGCCAAUACGCCUUCUAAUUUGUCCAGUGGGAUCUUAUUCUCCAGUAUAAGUAACGCCAAUUUCUCACUUUUACCGACGAUUCCAAUGGUGAGGUAGCUUAAGUCGUUCUCCUCCAGCUGGUUCAAGUCCAGCAAUGGCGUAUUAUCAUAAAAGCCUGCACUUACACUGCUGAUGUAGUCGUACAUUGCAAUACCUGCA